UCAGCUCUUGCAAAGGAGACAGACAUACCAAGGGGACCCUGAGGACACAAAUUAGAGAGAUGGACAAUCCAAGAAGCUCUAAAAGUGGACCAACCAAGAGCAGACAGGGUGCUGACCCAGCAAGAUGUGGCACUUUAUGGAGACCAUGGGAUGUUGCACCAAAGACACAGGUGCAGGAACACAAUCCAUCUCUCAGCCUGCAAAAGACAUGCGAUGGAGACCAAUGGCACAUCAAUCACAAAGAGAAGCUCCCAGCCUUUCAACACCCUGUUAAAUUAUUUUGGCCCAGGUCACGGUGUUAUGAUUUCUUGUAUCAGGAAGCAGAAUAUCUGCUCAGAAACUUUCCAGUCCAGGCAACAAUUUCAUUAUAUCAGGAAACGGACAGCAGCAGCUCAGAAGAAGAAGACAAUAGCGAUGAUAAUUAAAUCAAGAGAGAAUGAAAGACUUUGGAAUUAGGCUUCUCGAAUGUGCUAAUGGUUUGAGACCCCUUAACAGGACUCCAAUCUCAUGAAGGAAAUCAAACUUCAUUCAUUGCUCUCUAGGAACUGAUUAAAAAAUAUUUGCUUUAUUUGGUUUGACUACUGAGAUCAAUUGAAACCCCACAAGGUCUUAUUUGGGAAAGUUUUAAACGUUCCAAAUUAUACCAUGGGGCGUAUAUAUUCUGGUGCUCUAACACUUUCAAUAAAAUGCUAAACAGAUAAUAUGGGUUGAUAGUGGUAACAAAUAAAUGGAACAAUUUAUAAUAUAGUUACCAGCUUUCAACAACAGAUAAUAAUCGUAGAGUCCAUUGUACUUCAAUAUAUUCAGACUUCAUGCGAAUUUCAAGAAGACGUGGUUCAAUCGAGCAUAUUCUCACAGUUAUUACAGUAGGGCCAUUUGUUUUCCUUUUUUUUUUACACGCGUUUUAAUGUAAUUAGAUAUUUAUCACUAUAUUUUUGUGACGUUAUCCCCAUUCUGGACAGUAUGUUUAUGAAGCAAAGCAUGUAGCUAUCCCAACAUCUUCCAAGCACUUUCUACCCUAAAUAUACAUAUAUGUUCUAAUUUAUUUCAUUUGUAUUUUUUCACACAAUGUAUUAUAUUUGUAAUAAAAUGCUGACAUUCUUUUUU